CGUGACUUUACCGAAAGAACUAAGAAUAUGAAAUAUUUUGAAGUCAAGCAGAAUUUGGGUCUCAACGUGCACUGUUGUUGUUGCUGCGAAUGUCCAAACGAAUAACAAAGGUCCGAUCAAAGCGACUUUCCUUCCUACUUCGAGGGUUGAGGAAGUUUCCAGGGCACGGAAGUUCAUAUUCGCAGCAGUUUCGCUCAUGUUUGGUGGGCCGUCAGCAAAGCCAUCCCAUUUAAUGAAUUAUUCAUCAUCUGUUACUGGUCCGUUGAAGUGGCGUGAUUACAACGGUGGGCGGACCUUAAGUCGUAGUUCACGGUGUACAACUUGCACGUUGCACUUUCACGCAUUGAGAGCAGGACGAGCGUGUGGUGUGAGCAGUGACGAAGAGAUAAGAGCUUCGUAGCUUAUCGGAUUCCUCCAGUCUAAAAUUCACAUUCCGCUUUUACGCCAAUUUUGCCGGCUCCUGCGGCAUGGCGAUUGGGUUUUCUGUUCACCAAGAGGAGACGUCAAACAUGUCGAAGAGAUGCAAGUGGCGGGGUGAGAACAGAUACAGCAGCCUUGACGUGAACUGGAUUUUGAAAAUGAUCAAAAUCGUUGCCUUCCUGUUUCACGGGAACCAUCAUCACUUGUGCAAAGAAGAUCAGAACUACCACAAUGUUGAAAGGUUGCUUGAAGAGGUGAUGGAAUUUAUGGCCUCAAAAUGUUUCGCAACAUUUCCCUUUUUCAAGGAGUCUAUGAAAGUUACUGAAACAAGCAAGAUGGCCAACACAGAAGAACAAGCGGUGUCUUCGAAUAAGUGUACACAGACAGAUUUUCCUGACGUUCUACCACAGAGCAGAUUUAAUGAAGGUAGCAAGAAAAAGAAGAGGAAGAAAAAAAGGAAAAACAAGACAGGAAGAUCCUGCUCUGAUGGAAAUCAAGCGGCUGGAGGUGAUCAUUUGCCAGCGUCACAGAAGACUGGUGAUGCACAGACUUCGAGAUCCAAUGGAACCACGCACGACGCAGUUGUUGGAGCCUCCGGGCCAUUAGGCAAUGGCCGAGGAGAUGGUGAUGACCCCAAGCGACCUUUCGUGCCUAAACUUAAGCAGGCGUGUGAGGCUUCUGGUGAUCACGAUAUUGGAAAACCUUCGGAAAACUCCAAAGGCAGAGGCAGAUGCCCAUCUCCGGCAAGCGAUCGAAGCAGCCAACGUCCUAACUUUGGCAGUAGAUCUCAGGAUGGAGAUGAUAACAUUCCUAUUGGGAUCCCAGAGAAAGACGUACCCGUUGCAUCUCAUACCCCCUGGGAUCAUCGGAGUUUUUCACUCGCCAAUGCAGAGUUAUCCCAACAGCACCGUAGCAACGAUACGGCACCUCUAGAAAGCUGUGGAGCAGAUACUGGAAAACGACUGGAAUCCCUCGACGAACCUCCAACAGAUGCACCACGUGACAGCACUCCCUGCUUGACCAGCUUAAAUUACCAGGGGCAAGGUGUAAAACCGACGCAUGAGAACGCCCUCAAGCCAAAGGCCGCUUUUCUGGCACCUGAGCAGUCGAUGAAAACCAACCUAAUCGUUGGCGUGAUCGACGGGACAGCGCAACACGUGAGGAAGCUGGGACGCCAAAUCGCCGAUCGCAAGUUUCAAGAUAACUACAAUGUUUACUGUGGUGUUCUUAAUCAGUUGCUCAAAGCUAAAGAUGGAAAUUACCGUGAAGGAAAGGAAUGGUAUAGAGGUAACCUGUUGGGAAGAGGAAAAUUUGGGACCGUCCACGUGGGAAAAGAUGCUGAAACCAGAAACACAUUUGCCAUGAAAGAGAUGCAUCUGAAGGACUUCCGGAAGGAUGAACUCGAGAUCUGGGUUGGCUUGAACCACCAAUCCAUUGUGCCGCUCCUGGGAGUUGUCAUAGAAUGGAACAAAGUGUUCAUGUUCAUGGAAUACAUUGAAGGUGGCACGCUUGCUGAGCUGAUCAACAAGGGUUCACUCGGUGAGCAAAUGGCCCUUCACUACCUGGAGAAGAUACUGAUUGUCCUGGAAUACAUGCACAAUAAGAAAUGCAUUCAUCGAGACAUAAAAGCCGAGAACAUGCUGCUGUCACUGGACAAGCGGGAGCUGGUCCUCUGCGACAUGGGCUUCGUGAAGAUAAUCGGGCACGGGGACAAGCAGGAGGUCGCCGGCACCAUCACCCACAUGGCGCCCGAGGUGCUCACUAAGGUGUACUCGUACAAGGUGGACGUGUGGAGCGCCUGUUGCACCUUACUUCACAUGCUCACCGGCGGGCCGCCCUGGGUGGCCAAGCAUGGCAAUAAUAAAGAGGAAAUAAGGCAGCAGCUCCUGGCAAAGAAAUCUCCUCUCGAUGAGAUACAGGAGAAAUUCAGCCCAGAAGUUAUGAAUAUUCUCACACAGGGCCUGGCUCCAGAUCCCUUACAUCGCCAAACUGCUGGCUACUUGAAAGCUCAAACUCAGAGAUGGCUCAAAAACAGCAGACUACCAACAAGCCUGUCUGAAUUGGAGGGUGGGUUCUCAAACAAUGCAUCUGAGCCUGAAGCCCAAGGACAGCAACUUCUUGCACCUCCACCGGGCAGAGUAGAUGCGUCCCAGGAGAACGUGCACAUGGUACAGAGACCCGCACGUGCAAAAAGAACUAAACUGAAGCCUGCAUGCAAAUUUAACAACCCACCACAGCAACCCGGGAUACAGCAACGGGACCGCACUUGUGUAGCCGGUGGAUUUCCCAUCAUGGAAACACAGCCACCUGGACAGAUGAUCUGUGGAAUGGCAUAUCCUGCCUGCAUCAGAAGGCACUAUUGGGAUUUUGCCACGGUUCCCCAUGAAAAAACGCUGCUGCAAGACGAAGCAUGCGCUCCUGCUGAAGCGUGCCCUCGACACUCGCUAGAGCAAGGAUUGACGAUCAACAUCAUCUCUGAAGAUCGCACUCUUCUGUACAAAAUCAACGAGCGUCAGCGUGUCACCGUGGAUGAAGUGUGUGAUAAGCUGAGACACAAGCUUGAAGGAUUCCGGCUGGUGGCCUUCAGUGGUGAACCCCUCCUUGGAUCUGAGAAACUGAUGGGCGACAUGGUGAAUCUUCUGCGAAUUCCCUUGUAGCAGAGCUGUUUGGCGGUGGUGGCACACACCUGUAAUCCAUCACUAUAAAGGCGAGAGUUGGUGGAUUACAGAAAUGUUGUUCUUCUCAUCAGCAUGUGGACUCCACCUGUUCCAUCUUAUCUAGAUGUGGUUGUGAAAAAGAGCGGGGUUCUGAAAAGUUGUGGUGGAGUUAUGGCGAAAGUUUGAAGAACAGGCGGAAGAGGUUAAGGAGGGAUUGGGGUAGUGAUAGUGGUAGGGGUAUUGACGGGUUGGGGUAGUGCCUGGUCGUAGCUGGGGGUAGGGGCGUAGGGAGUAGCAGUCGGAUGGGCUCGGGGGAAGAUAUGGGUUUUAAGGGAGGAACAGAAGCAGGUUACUGAAGAUUAUUGUUUCAUGUGCAGUGGGAGUUUGUUCCAGUGAAGGGGAGCAUGGCCAAUGCUGUGUUGGUCAGAAGGGAUGAAAUAUUAACAGAAGACUAAAAUAACACCAAAUAAAUAUUAAAUACUCACAAACACACCUUUUGGCAGUUGCAGAACAUGCUUGCCAAGAAUGACAUCAAGGGAGGAAUAGGUUGGGUGACAUUUGGAGAUGAUGUUGGACAGCUCCAAGAGGAAAGCAGGGGAAAAGGAAUUAAAAGUAGAUGCAGAAUUGUGGGAGGGAGGAGAGGGGCAAGUAGGUAUGAUGCUGCCGGGAAGGAAGGUAGUGAGGAGGGUUGAACGAAUUUGUGCAAUCUUCAAGAAAUAGUUGGAGAGGACUACAGGGGAUGGGGCAGCAGAAGAAAUCGCAGUUGAGGAUGGCGAAGAAUGUAGCAGUGUUUAAGGUAGAAAAUAUCAGAGCAGGGUGCACGGAUUAACUGUGACUAAGCCAACCGGGAAUAUGGACUACAUAUUCUUAGAUUAACAUAAUCCAUUAUAAUGUAUACGAUUAUAUUAACCCCCCUCUGAUCUUUGCACAUGAUAGUUUCACAGUGAUGAAGGGAGCGUGGAAAAGGGAAGAAACGGAUUUCAGUUUUGGAAGGAUCGAUGGAGAGGCAGUAGCGUGACAUCCAGGAUUGGAACAUGACCAAAGAGUCUGAAAUGUGAGGCAAGGUCAGAGGUAAGGAGGGAGAGGAAAAUAAAAUCUGGGUGUCGUUGGCGAAGAAUUGAUGCGGAAAGUUAAAUGAAGAAAUGACGGCUUCCAGAGGCUUAGAUAUAAAAGGAGAAUAGCAAGUGUCCUAGAACAGACCGUUGGGGGAUUCCAACAGUGAUGGUGGAGGAAGGGGAGGUAGAGUAGUUGAAAGAAACAGGACGUACAUGAAGAGAGAUAGGACUGGAGCCAGGAGAGGGGUGUGCAGGAGAUAUCGAUCAACUGUAUGGGAUAGCAUUGCUCAAUCUAGAUGCUCUGAUUUUCUCCCACAUGUAUAACGACCCCAGGAGACACGGUUCUUGCGAUGCUCUUUAGUGAAGACAUGUUCACGUGACAGGCGAAGACCCAGACUCCAACAGUGGCUUCGAGCCUCUCCUCUCGACCCCUUUAACCUUCAGUGUGGCCAUCCCUUGACCCGUGUCCACGCCCCUUCUCUAGAACCUUCUCGAUGGCUCUCGGUCCCUGAUCCGCACCUGCUCCCUUCUAUCACUUGGCCACAGCCCCUAUUCUCGAUCCUUCUCGUAGGCCCCAUUUCGUUCCCCUGUCUAUCCAUUAACCUGUAAUUACCCCUUGUGGCCCCUAGUCUCUUCCUUUGCUAAUUCCCCUGUCAUUACCCUCUGUGACCGCUAGUCCCCUGUACUGUCUUUACACAUGUAAACAUUAAUUGGCUGAAUACACCGUAUUUUUCGCCGAUAACACCUUGUUUGGUGCCGGCUAACCAGCUGGCUGCUUUUCCCGCUAGGCUAUGGUUCCUCGCGCCUCUGAGUCAUUCGAAUCUCCACGAGUUAACGUGUCGACAACAACCCUCCCGGUUCGUGAACCGAGUGUUGUUCUUUCCAGACUGGUGUGUUUUAAAACAAUGUCAUAAAGUUAGUGCCAUCUGUUCUUCUGUUUAUUAAGCUUCAAGGAGGGAACCAUAGAAAUUUAGAACACAAUGGAGAAGUUAAUAUUUACAUAAUAUUAAAUACUGCAGUUGAGAGGCACACGAGUAAUUUAGUUGUGUUAAGGUAAUGUUCAUUUCAUUACCUGAGGGGGUUUAAUAUUUAGUUAUUUUUUUUCGGUAAUUGCUCUUCUUUGACUAUAAAUGUAGGCUGUUGAAUGAAGAAAGCACCUUAUCUAAUAAGUUUCUACAGCCAUUUACAAUAUUUUAUGGACUUUUUCCAAUUACAUGAUAUCCAUGAGCUCCAUGCCAAAAUCGUUCCCUUAUAAUUUGCUUGAAUAGUAUGGUUCAUGGGGCAUGUUUCCUUGUUUUAGGUACCGGGUUGUUUAUGAAUUUAUGAGAUCCAUUGCUUAUUACUCUGCAUUAUUAUUUGGACAUUCCUCACUAUUUGCAGUCUUUUUGGACCAAAUACACCACAAACUGCCUUUUCGCAGAGCAGCUGUACAAUACUUUUCACUUACAACCAAACUCGCAACUGACUUGUGUUCAAUAAACUUAAUCAGAGGUGACAGUGAUGUUAUCGCCAGAGGGCAUAUUCACACAACUGGCAUCCAAGGAGGUGUGAAUAGAACGAGGACAUCGUAUUUUGCGAGACACAGUGAACAACAGUGGUGAGCAUCUGUGACUCGGGAGACGAUGCGACCAGCUGUCCCAUCAGAGACGGUGAACCGUGUUAUCUGGGAUUUUCGGUGCAGCACUUUUGGGGAUGCGAGCAAAGACUCCAAAAGAGAAAAACGCUUUGCUCAGGAUGCACUUUUUUUUUAAUCAGGAAGAGAUUUGCAGGGUGAGGUCGCGACCGCAGCUGCACAAAGUUUGCAAUUGGUAUUAUCGAUGAGGAAUCUAUGAACUAACUGCACUCCGCUAAUGUCAUCUGAAUAGCUCAUGACACCUAAUAAGCUCAAAGCCAUGGCUGUCAACUAUUAAAUAUAUCAUCUCACUUAAAGCCAAUCGUGUUUAUAUAUACAGAACAACUUUCAAACUUGGAGGUUUACACUGAAUCUAAAGUCCUCCUCCAGUUCCAUUGGGGUUCAAACCACCACCACUAUCUUGACCACUUUCUCCACAAUGAUUACUACCAUCAGUACCACACUACUUACGACCACUAGCAUUACUACCACAACGAUUACUGCCUCUACCAUCACCAUAACGAUUACCACAACGAUUAUUGCCACGACCAUCGCUGCCACCAAACUCGAGACUUGGUAAACGUGUGUCAUGGCAAUUGAAGCGUAUAUGCUGACGCCUUUUAAAAGAAAACAUUUCAAGUGAACACUAGCAUUAACCUCUGCUUGUGCGCCUUCGUUUUAUAUUUUGGUCGGGUUUGUCGUGUUCGUUUUUAUUUCUGAAAACCCACCACGUUUUUCAAAAGCAAGUUGACGUUUGGGGCAAAGACCCUUGUUUCCCACUGACCGAAACGUCAACCUUGCCUCUUCAAUGUAUUAGACAUAUGUGUUGGGUCUUAUUGUUAUUACUGAUAAUGCAAAAUCGUGAAAUAAUGUACAGUCUGUUCUCCUAUAACUUGGUAAUUACGAUUCUGAAGAACGCCACGUUAUGGAUAAAUCGUGUUAUAAUGACCAUCGAUUCAAUGAAGGGGUUAGAAGGGUCAUUGCAUUAUAAUUUGUAAAGUACAGACCGUGAUAACACGUGAGAUGUGUACGCAGGCUGAACAAAGACUGAGGCGAAAGGGUGGCAUCUAAAAGCAUCCAGCAGCAUCCCGCGCUUGUGUGAUGAUGCCACACCGAGGCAGCCGUACAACCGCUUAUUCACUACUCGCACGACGUAGUUCUGUUCACCCAAUCGCGUUACUGCCAAUUCCGAUCCGCGUCAUAAAAAUGCGUUCCCCAAUACAUUAAUCGUGAUAUAUUAAUUUCGCGUUAUGAAAACACGUUAUAGCAGAACGAACUGUACGGUUUAAUGUUUUCCUUUUAAUAAACGAAUUAGAUUUGACACA